UCAGCUUGGCCCUCAGCUAACCGUCCAGACAAACUGUGCCAGGGGUGCGCACAGUAGCGAGCAUGAGGCUGCUUCUCUCGCUUGGCCUCAGACAAGCUCGCCAUCUGUCUGCAAGGUCAUUCGCGACCGUCUCGGAUGCUCGUGUUCCUCGAAUCCCUCAGACUGUAAUCGAGAAGGUGGUCCAAAAAUAUGCUGUCGAUCUACCUGAGGGCAAAGUGGUUAAGGCAGGCGACUAUGUAAUGAUAUCUCCAGAGCAUGUCAUGACGCAUGACAAUACUGGGCCGGUAAUAACCAAAUUCAAGUCUCUCGGUGCAGCUCGGGUGAACAAUCCUUCGCAGCUGGUGUUCACACUCGACCAUGAUGUGCAGAACAGGUCUGAGAAGAACAUGCUGAAGUACGCUUCCAUCGAGGCUUUUGCCAGGGAGCACGGUAUAGACUUCUAUCCGGCAGGUCGCGGAAUCGGUCACCAGGUUCUCGUCGAAGAGGGCUAUGCCUUCCCGAAUGCACUCACCGUCGCGAGCGAUAGUCACAGCAACAUGUAUGGCGGCGUCGGCUGUGUCGGUACGCCAAUAGUGCGCACAGAUGCGGCGGCGCUCUGGGCGACUGGCAAGACGUGGUGGCAGGUUCCUCGUAUGGUCAAGGUUGAGUUUAAGGGCAAACUCUCUCCCGGGGUAACGGGGAAGGACGUGAUUGUCGCACUGUGCGGUGUCUUCAACAACGACGAGGUCCUCAACGCCGCUAUCGAGUUUACAGGAGAAGGUGUGUCGGCUCUCACAGUCGACGAUCGGCUUACUAUCGCGAACAUGACGACGGAGUGGGGCGCACUUGCCGGUGUAUUCCCCGUUGAUGACACGCUACUGCAAUGGUACGAGCGUGCGCUGAAGCGACUGGAACUGCGCACAUUCGCGUCCCCUGCACUUGCAUCGUCGAUUCCGCCCCCGCCAGAACACCAGCGUAUUAACCGCCGGCGGCUCGACGAGCUCCGGGCUAACACCAUGGUGUCCGAUCCUAGCGCCGCCUACUCGUCACAUCUGGUGCUCGACUUGUCAACGCUUGUCCCACAUGUCUCCGGUCCAAACAGCGUCAAGAUCUCCACCCCACUGCCCGUGCUCGAGUCACAACAUAUCCCCAUCCAAAAGGCGUACCUCCUGAGCUGCACAAACGCUCGUCUGUCCGACAUCUCGGCGGCGGCGGACGUAAUCCGCGGCCUUAAGGUUGCACCUGGCGUGCAAUUCUACGUCGCAGCGGCGAGCUCGCAGGUGCAGCAAGAUGCUGAGCAGAACGGUGACUGGCAAGCGCUCAUUUCCGCUGGUGCGAAGCCCCUGCCGUCUGGCUGCGGCCCAUGCAUAGGUCUCGGGACGGGGUUGCUUGAGGAUGGAGAGGUCGGAAUUAGCGCCACGAACAGGAACUACAAGGGACGAAUGGGCAGCCCGAAAGCCCAGGCAUACUUGGCGAGCCCUGCGGUCGUCGCGGCUAGCGCUGUGAAGGGAUACAUCUGCAGCCCGGACUCUCUUGACCCUCAGACACAACCUCCAGCUCACGCGCCGACUCACGCGAUCAUCACACCUUCCGCAGACACCUCCGCCAGCAGCGAAUCUGCACAAAAAGAGGCUGUCCUGCCCGGCUUCCCGUCGACAUUUGCGGGACCACUGCUCUUCGCGCCUCAAGACAACUUGAACACCGACGCUCUGUACCCUGGCAAGUACACGUACCAGGAUGACAUCACGCUCGAGCGGCAGGCAGAAGUUGUUAUGGAGAACUACGACACUACUUUUGCAGGUCUCGUGGCGUCCAUCCGCAAUGAACAAUGCGGAGGUGGUGAGUCUGCGGAUACCAAGCGCGGCGUGGUGCUCGUAUCCGGGUUCAACUUUGGCACUGGCUCGUCUCGAGAGCAGGCCGCGACGGCACUGAAGUCUGCAGGCGUCCCGUUGGUUAUCGCGGGCUCGUUUGGCGAUAUCUUCAAGCGCAACGCAAUCAACAACGGCCUUGUCUGCAUCGAGUGCCCGGAACUUGUUGCGGACCUCACUCGAGAGUAUGCGAAGGAUGGGAAGCGCGGCGCGGGAGGAAAGAAGGGCGAGCUGACGGUCAACGAGGGGUUGUCUAUAGACGUGAGGGUCGCGGAAGGCCGGGUUGAGGUGAGCUGGCCUGACGCGUCGAGGAAGACUUACACCGUCGGUGUUGUGGGGACGAGCGUGCAAGAGCUCUGGGUCUGUGGGGGGUUGGAGGGCUAUGUGCUAAAAUCUAUCCGGGCGGCAGCAUGAGGACAUGCACUGUCUGCUUAAAAUGUAUUUCUGUAUAUCUUAGACAGAAUUCGUUUCACGACAACUUUUAACAUUCAGGGUUCUCA